AUGAAAACGAAUUUGUGUCUUUUGCCGAAACAGUGGCCGAAGCCCGGAACUCAAAGGAUACUAAAAAAAUUAAAAAAGAGAAGAAGAAGAAGAAGAAUUUACAAACUACAACUUGGAAUUUGGAUGUGGAUUUUGAUUUUGUAAAAAGUCUGCUGGUAAAAUAAUUAGAUAUCUAUAUUUCAUUGUUUAUCAAAAUACUUACAAAUAUAUCUUUCAACAAAUAAAGCAAAUCUUUUUUGUCAACAUGAUUAAUGAUGAUGAUUUGUAUGUGGUUAUUGUUGAUGAUACAAACGACGCUGAUGAUACUGGAAACAGCUACAAACCGGGAAAAAAAGUCAAAACUGAACCCGAAACUUCGUAUUUAGAGAUCGAGAACGAUUGGAUGGAGAGAAAAUAUCACUUAGAAAAAGAAAAAGAGGAUGAAGUCGAAAAUAUACUUAAUGUGGCCCAAGAACAUGGAGAAAUUUUGCACAUUGAGGAAGACGAUGAUGAUGAAGCUUUCAUGCUAGAAUAUGAUACAGAGAAUGACAGCAUUUUAGAUGAUAAUGCAUAUAAACCAGUUAAUAUUAUAUUUGAUGGUGAUCGGAGUGGUGCAGAUAGUGAUGAAGACAAAGAGGCACUAAUCAUAAAAGACAUAAAUUGGAGAAGAAGGAAUACAGACUCAUUUGUCCAAAAGUUAAAAACGAAAUUUCCCCGUUUAAGAUACAAUAAUGAGUAUAUGGUUAAGAGAUUAGCAAAAAUAAUGAAAGAAACUCAGCAACCCGACCCACCUCCUGAUUAUGUCACUUGUGAUGGUGAUAAGUACAGGUGUAAAAUCUGUUACACUGUGAGUUCUACUGAGCCAAUAGCACAAAGGCAUUAUCAAGAGAAACAUGGAGAAAGAUAUUUGUUUUGCUACGCAUGUGGAGCCACAUUUAGAAGCAGGACAAAUUUAUAUAAACAUGAGAAGUUUAAUUGUCAAUCAUCUGAUAUAGCACUUGUGUUAAGAGCAAGGGCUUUAUUCUUGGGCCGCAUGGGACGGUCACGACCAUUCAAGCUCGGUCAAAGAGAAGAACCCCGUAAGAGAUUCCCUUGCACAGAGUGCUCAGCAACCUUUGCUAACAAGGCCAGCCUAGAACCGCAUCUACGCAUGCACCGCGGCGAGAGGCCUUUCCGCUGCUCCCAUUGCCCGCGCGCGUACACCUCAUAUAUUGCGAUGAAACAUCACAUGAAUAAACAUAGCAGUAUUCAGUUUAUCUGUGACUACUGUGGCAGGGUAUUCAAGGAGAAAGGAAAGCUUGUCGUACACUUGGCUUCACAUGCGCCUAUAAAGAGAUACGGUUGCAAGGAGUGUCCAAAGCGGUACUCGACUAAAUCCGACCUGACGGUGCAUGUCAGCAGAGACCAUAGAAACCUGCCGUUGCCGUUUGACUGCAAAAUAUGUCCAAUGAGAUUCGCACGUAUGUCAACUUUAAAACGCCACAUGAAGAAAAACCAUGGAAUGGUCAUCAUAACUUCAAGGAUGUUUGCCAGACAGCUACCAUCAAUGACAGAACAAGAAAUCGUGACACAACUCCAAGAGGCAAUCAUUGUCCUCAAGAAUUCAGAUCCAUCUCAUAGCAAUGUCCAAAAAGAGCAUUAUGAAUCGUGAUUGGCAUUGUGAUUUUUGUAUUUGGCUUGGCUAAAUAUCUACUUAA